AUGUUCACGCCACUGGAUUACGGCAACUUUGGAUACCAAACCUUUACAUUUUUGUUGUCGAUGUUUAUUUUGAAGCGCGUGGCUCCAUGGAAGGACCCAAAUCCAAUCGCCUACUCCAAUUUUUCCAUCGUUCUCGCCGAUUGUGUCCGGCUAUUUUUCUACAUUCUCCACGACUACUCGGUCCGGGUGUUUGAAGCUGAAACAUUUGGUGACUUCGGCAUCUGGCUUUUCCUAUCCCUUUUAAACGUCAAAUACUGGUACCAAGUCCUCGUUUUCUACGUCCUGCCUAUCCUACAUCUACUGGCAAUUUUCAAACCUGGCAGCUAUCGCCAAAUCGGGACGAAGGCCUCGAUCUUGAUUCUGAUGGUACCGUUAAACUUGAGUUUUGUACUCCAAGGCGUCUACCUCGUCAUCUGUGACUGUAGCGUCUAUGUGAUACCUGGGUAUUACGUUGGGUUGAAGCCGGGAAAAGAAGCGAUUUACACUGUUUGGUAUAUUUUGGACAUGACGAUAAAGGGCCCUAUGUUCGUGUUGUUGAUCGCAGUCGACCUGAUCCUUAUAUGUCGGCUUUACAAGAUGAAAAUCCUCGGUAAAAAGAUUGUGAGGACUGUUCAAGAAGUGACUGAUACCCUGUUCUAUACGAUUUGUGACUGCAUGUAUUACGCUGUACCUGGCUAUUACGGUGCUUACAAGACCGGAAAAGCAGCCGUUGAAGGCAGUUUUACGCUGUUUGAUAACAUUUUGAAGCUCAUAAUGUUUGGUGCGCUGAUCGCGACGGAUAUUGCGAUAGUUGCGAAGCUGUACAGAAUGAAGGUAUUGGGAAAUCAUCCACGCAGAAGAGUAGAAGCAGCACCUCCAACUGUGAUGUCCACGCAUUCCGAGGUAGCUUCACCAAGAAGUGCCACGCUAAUCGAGCCAAAUUCCAACGGAAGCCGCGCGGUGCGUAGACCUAUGAUCCGCCCUCGUUUCAACGUAACUAUUGACAAGCGCCUGGCACUGGCGUUUCUCUACAUCAGCGUGGCAUUUCUCAGUCUUUCUGUAUAUUUUCAAUACGUUGCUGUAUUCCCACCCGCCGUCAUACCUUACGCGAAUGCCUUUGUCCAUUGCCUCGAGCUGAGCAAGUGCACGGUCUAUGUAAUGAUUGUCACGAUGAAA